UACUUGCUGCGCUAUGGCACUAAGUACGGCGUAGUAGGCUUUACUAGACCGCAGUUGGGGGUAUUGUGUUUUACACUGAGCAAUCAACACCCUUACGUUGUUUUCUCCCUCCCUAAAUACCUUCUUAUUAACCCUUACGAUCGCAGAGCUAAGUCUGAUAUCCCUCUGCGACUCGCAACCGCUCCUGGACCCCAGGGUUUAGAACUUCUGGGUUUGUCGCAAAGUUUCUGUUUAGACUAAGUACCGGCGCGCCGGCCAUCCAGUUUAUGCCGGUUAAAAAUCUGGUUGCGAUUUUAUCGAUUGCGACUAUACCGGGAGCGGCUAUAACGGGGAUUCGUGAUCGAGCGGAGCGAUGGGCGGCAUAGCUCGGAUCGAGCCGAGCGUGAUUACGCGACGGCGGGUAACGGAGGACAGCCAAUUCUUCGACCAUAUAGUGGAUCUCAUUCCGCUGAAGCACUACCUCCCUGCGCAAGCCGACUCUGCCGCCCUGAAAUACGAAAAGGUGGAGGGCGGGAAGGCAGAGGCGAAGCGAGCGGCCAAGGAGCAAUCGAAGAAAGCAAAGAGGCUCAAGUUGGACCCCUCGUCAGUCCAGCUCACCUCUCAUGCAAUUCAGCAGCAGGCGACAGGGGGGGCAGGGGGAGGUGCAUUCGGGGGAGGUGGAUUCGGGGUAGGCAGUGGGGGGUCAGGAGGGGGAGGUGUAGGGGGAGGGGGAGGCGCGGAAGGCAAGAAGGGGAAGGGGAAGGAGGCGGAUGACCCGAUGGAUCAACUGCUGAAGGAGGCCGGUGUGGGGAGGAAGGGGAGGGCAGCAGAUUACCAGGAGCUGCGGGCGCGGCUGCAGCAGCGACUAGAGGAACUCCGGAAGAGGCGGAAGGCGGAGAGCGCGUCUGCUGCUAGCGAGUGGCGCAAAAAGCAGAGAGAGAAGGGGUUGGAGGGAGACAAGAAGGGCAAGAAAGGUGGUAAGGAGAAGAAGAAAGGAAAGGGGGGAGGUGGAGGGGGAGGUGGGGCGGAAAGGGAAGGUGGGGUGGGGGGCGGGAAGCGGAAGGAGCAGGAGAGGGAGGAGAGGGGUGGGAAGAACGACGGGAAGAGGCAGAGGGUUGGGAAGGAGAAGGGAGGAGUGAAAGGAGUCAGAGGGGAACAGUUGACAUUAGCGGCAGCAGGAGGAGCAGGAGGAGGAAGAGGAGGAAAAGCAGGAGGAGGAGGAGUAGGAGGUGGAGAGAGGCAUGGGCUGGCUGAUGAUGAGGUGAUCCCCUUGGAUUUGGAGUUUGGGCGGGUGAAACUGGGGGAUAAAGCAGCGGCAGGGGCGGGGUUUGGUGGGGGCAAGAAGGGCAAGAGGGACAGCGGCAGCAGCAGCCAGAAGGUAUCUGCUAAGAAGCUUCUGGAGCAAGCAGCGAAGAUUCAGGAGAAGCUGAAAGGGAGGAAGCUGGGAGAUAAAGCCCUGGCUGAAGUGGAGAGCCACCUCUGGAGUGCUGCAACAAGUAGGGCGUCAGGCGCCAAGGUGUUUGACGACCCUAACAUGCUGAGCAAGCAGCAGAAGAGGGAGCAGCGGCAGAAGGAGAAGAGCGCCAAGCUAUGGAAGGAGCGGCAGAUGGCAGUGCGCAAGGCUAUGAGGGAGAAGCAGGAGAAGCGCAAGGGGAACAUCCAGGAGAGGAAGGACAACAAGAUUGCCGCCAAGAUUGCACGGAGGGAGAAGAAGUUGAUGCGGCCAGGCUUCGAAGGGCGAGCAGGGGAGACCGCAUUGAAUGCCAAGGCGGCAGCUACACCAUGACACGGUUGGCUUAUUAUUACAGACAUGAGCUUGUGUAGCACUAAAAGAGGAACUCGGUUAAAAAAAUGAAUGCUAUACCGUGUUUAUGCUUUUGUGUUGUACCACGACAAAGCAUGGCCCCUCAUGAAUAUCUGUAUUAAAAGUUAUGCAGGUAU